UUUGCAUUCGUUACCAACGGCCGAGAACACGUAACUAACCGCUGUUCCGUGCCUCGACAAAUUCCUAGCAACUAUUACUAACUGCAAUUCACAUAGGUAAUAUCCAGUUAAUCUCAAGAAAUAGUUCGAUUAGUUAAAUUACAUGCUAUCACGCGCGACAGCGCUACAGAACUCUUCUUUGAACCUCAAACUUUCAGCAUCCAAUUAACGAGACCCCAAAGGAACUCAUCCAACGUGACCGGCGGAGAAGGUCGAGAGCAAACGAACACACCUAUCGACCAAUCAUGAUAAGCGCAGUAUAGAAACGUGUCAAGUACACGCGUGACAACAGCGAAUACAAAAGAAGCGACAGCUUCAUGCAAUCUGUUACAGGGUGCAAUAAACGCAGCUAUAGUGUGCAGUAGUGUCGAAGGGUUCAACGUGUAGAAAAGUAGGACCUUCCCGUAGAGGGUGCUAAAAUAGCGACAGGAGUAACCAAGCAAGCUAUGCUUCCAUUUUAUUUGCUUCUCGUAUUCUUGGGUUUACAUGUAUCCAUUGCCGAGGACUGUAAAGGAUGCGUUCCGUUGGACUCUUAUUCCUUUGACAAGGUAAUUUCUAAAUUCAAAGCUGCCCUUGUCAAGUUUGACGUAGCUUUUCCAUAUGGCGAAAAGCACGAGCAGUUUGGUAAAAUAGCAGCUGCUACUAAAGACUCUCCAGAUCUCUUAGUUGCUGAAGUUGGUAUAAAGGACUAUGGCAACAAGGAUAAUUCAGACCUCGCAAAGCGUUACGAUAUUAAGAAAGAGAAUUUCCCUGCAGUUCGAUUAUUUCUUCAGGGGAAAACAGAGCCUCUGAAAUUUAUAGCAGAAAAGGAUGAAGAUUUUAAUGCAAAUAAUAUUAAGCGGUUUGUGAGAGCAAAGACCGAUAUCUAUCUUGGUCUUCCAGGUUGCAUAGAACAACUGGACAAACUAGCAGAAGAAUUCAAGACUGCCAACGAAAAGGAUAGAAAAGAAAUUCUUAAUAGAGCUAAGAUCUAUGAGCAAACGUUACCGGAAGAGCAACGGGCAGCAACAAAAGUCUAUGUUAAGACAAUGGAAAGGAUACUUGAAAGAGGAGAUAUCUUUAUUCAAACUGAGGAAACACGAAUAAGUGGCCUAUUAAAAGAAAAUCUGCCAACUGAAAAAAAACGAGCAAUGGAAAACAGACGGAAUAUUCUACAAUCAUUUACACACAGAGAUGAACUUUAAAAUUAUAGUCAAAUAUUGUAAAAUCAUCAAGACUUUAUCUAUAUAUACGUGUGUAUAUACAGGUCACAAAAAAGUAUAAGUAAUACGAUUCGAAUAACAUUACAUGACGCAGUGGGUGCAAUUAAAGUAUAAGCAUCAACGCUGGUAAGGUUUUUUUAUAUUCCUAUAAUGUUAAUAAAAUUUUGCUGUAAUUUCAAGAAUAUUGCACACUACAAUUGUAAGCCAUACAAGUGUAAGAUUGUGAAUUUAUUUUUUGGCCAUUUUUAUGGAAAUAAUAUUAAUUUAGUGAAUUUGUUUCAUCUAAUAAUCUGAACAUUUGGAUUAUUAUAACCUAGAUCAAGACUAUUCAAGAGGAACCGAAAUGUCAACAAAACAUUUAGAAAAACAUUUUAUUACAUUUGGUGUAAACAGUAAGGUGUAAACAUGAGGUGUAAACAGUAAGAAUAUGAAAUAUGUUUGUAUUAUAAUAGAGUGAGAUUGAUUAUAAGACGUGUAUCAAAUCCUGAUGUAUCAGUUCAAUGAUCUGAUAAAGCAAUUCUAGUGUAAUUACAAAAAUCCUUAUUUAUUGUAUCAAUUAUUUUUGUGUAAAUUUAAUUGGUCUUAUUGAUUUUGUUAUAGUUAACAGAUUUAACAGUAAAAUAUUAUUUAAGGAAUAUACCAUAAGAAUAAAGUAAUUAAGCAUUUCGACCUACACUGAAUUUCUUUAUCAGCUCAUUUGACAUACCUUGUUCCCCAUAAAAUACUUUUAAUAAAUUUGAUACAUA